GAUCUCCAUCAAGAAUUAUGAAGUCACAUUGAAUUUUGAAAACGAAGUGUGUUUCUUGGUUUGGAGAGGCUUACUUUGAAAGACUGUCUUAAAAUCGAAACGCUCUGUUUCCUAGUCCAGGGAUAAACUCUGGAUAUUGCUGAAAUCUAGCUGCCAUCAGCCCCACACAAUGUGGUCAUUAGUGAAGAAAGAUGGGAAUUGCAGUCCAAAAACUUAUGGAAGGCCAGAUGUUGCCCAUUCAGUCCUAGACUAAUACUAGCUGUAUUCAUUGUAUUUAUGUGGUAUCUUCCAACCCUCCUCCUGCCCUGCAUCCUUCCUCCUUCUAGGCAACAAGUCUCCUUGCUGGCUCAGAGGUUAUCUGGAGCCUCAUCUUCAUCUGAAAUGACAAACCACAUUUUACCUGUAACUGGAGGGCAGGAGCGGAACAGUGAUCCAGCACAGGCUCGUCCAAACCCUCCAACUUUUGCUCAAGGCGUCAUCAAUGAGGCUGAUCAGCGUCAGUAUGAAGAGUGGCUUUUCCACACCCAGCAGCUUCUCCAGAUGCAGCUAAAGGUGCUGGAGGAGCAAAUUGGGGUGCACCGCAAGUCCCGCAAGGCCCUGUGUGCUAAGCAGCGGACAGCUAAAAAGGCUGGCCGUGAGUUCCCUGAGGCCGAUGCUGAGAAGCUUAAGCUAGUAACCGAGCAACAAAGCAAGAUCCAAAAGCAGCUGGAUCAGGUCCGGAAGCAACAAAAGGAGCAUACCAACCUCAUGGCUGAAUACCGUAACAAGCAGCAGCAGCACCAGCAGCAAACUUCCACAGUCAUGGCCCUCAGCCCCUCCCAGAGCCCUCGUCUCAUGACCAAGCUUCCUGGCCAGCUGCUUUCUGCUCACGGCCUCCAGCAGGGGGCGCAGGGCUUGCCAGGUCAGGCGGGGGGCCUGCGCCUCCCUCAGGCUGCACCCGUGGCAGUGCAGCAGGGCUUGCCAUUCAUGAGCCAGCAGCAGUCACCUUUGCCACCACCCUCUGGGGCCACUACUGCCAGCAGUUUCUUUCCUGGCAAUCGCCUGUUGCAGGAAAGACAGCUGCAGCAGCACAGGUUGCAGCUGGCCCAAAAGCUACAGCAGCAGAACCUCAUGGGACAAAUGACAAUGCAGCAGCAGCAGCAGCAAGGCCUGAUGGGACAGGUGUCUGUGCAGCAGCAGCAGCAGCAGCUUCAGCAGCAAGGCCUGAUGGGACAGAUAUCUGUGCAGCAGCAGCAGCAGCAGCAGCAGCAGCAGCAAAGCACAAUAAGCCAGUCUGGUUUGAUGGGUCAGCCGCCACCACCUCCACCCACACCACAGCCAAACCAGAACCUGCUCCCUAAGCAACCGGGGCUGCUGAACAGCCAGCCAGGAGCUGUGGUCCAGCAACUCUCUCCGCAGCAGCAGCAGCAGCAGCAGCAGCAGCAGCAGCAGCAAGUUAUAUUAGGGCACUCGAUGCUGCAGCAGCAUCAGGGUGUGUUAGGCCAUCAGGCUGCCCAGAGGCCAAUGCUGUUGACUCCUCAGCAGCAUCGGGCCCUGGGUUGUCCUCAGCAGCUGGCCCAGCAGACUCAAGGGAUGAUGGGGCACCGGCUCCUUUUGUCUCCUCAGCAGCAGCAGCAGCAGCAGCCGCCACCGCAUCAGUGCCCUUAG